AUUACAGGCGUGAGCCACCGCACCCAGCCUUCAGGGUUGUUUUAAAAGGGCUGGGAAUGGCCACACGGCAGGCUCAGCGGCCUCAGGUGGCCAAGCCAGCUUCGGAGGAGGAGCCACACCCACCCGUGGGCCGGGAGCUGACGGAGGCCAACCGCUUCGCCUAUGCCGCCCUCUGUGGCAUCUCCCUGUCCCAGCUGUUUCCGGAACCCGAGCACAGCUCCUUCUGCGCGGAGUUUGUGGGGGGCCUGGUGAAGUGGCUGCAGCUGUCCGAGGCCGUCUUGCCGACCAUGACUGCUUUCGCCGGUGGCCAGGGAGGCGAAGGAGCAGACGUGUUCGCCCAGAUCUUGUUGAAGGACCCCAUCUUGAAGGACAACCCGCUGGUGAUCGCUCAGGACCUGCUGACCUUCUCCCUCCAGGAUGGGUGCUAUGAUGCCCGGGCCAGAGUCCUCAUUUGCCACAUGAACUCCCUGCUCCAGGUGCCCUUGGAGGAGCUGGAUUUCCUCGAAGAGACACUCCUUGAGAGCCUGAAGGAAACCAAAGAGGAGGAAUCUGAGAUGGCUGAGGCAGCCCGGAAGAAGAGAGAAAACAGGAGGAAAUGGAAGCGCUGUCUCCUGAUAGGCCUGGCCACUGUUGGAGGCGGAACGUUGAUCGGCGUGACCGGGGGCCUAGCUGCCCCUCUUGUUGCCGCCGGAGCUGCGACAAUCAUUGGCAGUGCUGGGGCGGCAGCCCUGGGGUCAACGGCCGGCGUAGCUGUCAUGACCUUGCUAUUCGGCGCGGCUGGAGCUGGCCUGACAGGAUACAAGAUGAAGAAGCGUGUCGGGGCCAUUGAAGAGUUCACGUUCCUGCCUCUGACGGAGGGCAGGCAGCUGCACAUCACCAUCGCCAUCACCGGCUGGCUCGCGUCUGGCAAAUACCGCACCUUCAGCGCCCCGUGGGCUGCCCUGGCCCACAGCCGCGAGCAGUACUGCCUGGCCUGGGAGGCCAAGUACCUGAUGGAGCUCGGCAACGCCCUGGAGACCAUCCUCAGUGGCCUUGCCAGCAUGGUGGCCCAGGAGGCCCUAAACUACACAGCGUUGUCUGGCAUUGUGGCUGCCCUGACCUGGCCAGCCUCACUCCUCGCUGUCGCCAACGUCAUCGACAACCCCUGGGGUGUGUGUCUCUAUCGAUCCGCAGAGGUUGGCAAGCACCUGGCCCACGUCCUGCUCUCCCGGCAGCAGGGCCGGCGACCCGUCACCCUGAUCGGCUUCAGCCUGGGAGCCAGAGUCAUCUACUUCUGUCUGCAAGAGAUGGCUCAGGAGAAAGAUUGCCAAGGGAUCAUUGAGGAUGUCGUCCUGCUGGGUGCGCCCGUGGAAGGAGAAGCCAAGCACUGGGAGCCCUUCCGGAAGGUGGUGUCCGGGCGGAUCAUCAAUGGCUACUGCAGGGGAGACCGGCUGCUGAGCUUCGUGUACCGCACGGCCUCCGUGCAGCUCCACGUCGCCGGCCUGCAGCCCGUGCUGCUGCAGGACAGGAGGGUGGAGAACGUGGACCUGUCCUCGGUGGUCAGCGGCCACUUGGACUACGCCAAGCAGAUGGACGCCGUCCUGAAGGCUGUGGGCAUCCGCACCAAGCCGGGCUGGGACGAGAAGGGGCUCCUGCUGGCCCCGGGCAGCCUGCCCCAGGAGGAGCCUCGCCAGGCGGCCGCCGCCUCCGCAUCAGGCAAGACCACCCACCAGGCUGGGCAAACCCAGGGUCCCACACCUGGAGACACCUCCAAAGUGGCCAUGGCCACUGACCCCAGCCAAGCCCAGGUGCCAACAGGGCCAGACCAGUCUGAGGAGGCCUCCCUUCCCGCUGCUACCGACUCCACCGAGAGCGCCUGUAUCUGCAGCCACGGCGUGGACCCCAACCCGCUGGGCUGCCCUGACUGUGCACACAAGACCCAGGGCCCCUACCCGGGGCUGGACUGACCCCAGCGGGGACCUGAGCCGUCUUCCCAGAUUGCUAUGUCCAGCUCACUCUUACACGCGGGGUCCUCACGGGACUGUGAAGGUGCAGAUGAAUUUCCACAAGUGUCUUUGCUAAGUUGAAGGAAUUGGAACUGAAAGGAAAAGGAAAUGGAAGGAAGGGGACUUUGGGGACGAAACACUCCCUCCCUGAGGAAGCCAGGCCAGACACCUGCGGAGUCAGCCGAGCACAGUUUAGAGCCCCAGGACCCCACACCAGCUGUGGGUCUGGCUGUUCGUCGGAAGGUCCAGAGGGCUCUCUGGAGCCUGGGGCUCCCAUACCACCCCUCCCCUGGCCUCGGCAAAGCUGCGUGUCCUCCUGCCUUCCAUCCGCACUCCAGGCUGCCCCAGCCCACAGGCACCACCACCUGGCACCAACGGAGCAGGCACAGGGGCAAA